AUGGCGGCAGCCUCUGAAGCCCCAGGCCACGAAACCCUCCACUGCAAGGCCUUCUUCGGGCCCUGGAAAACGUCGCAGAGCCGCCAGGCGCGGCCGCGGGUUCCAAGCGGGGCGCGCCGGCCCCGGGCACUCGCGCACCUGCUGAGCGCGGCGCGUCAAGGCCCCGCCCCCGCCGGCCCCGCCCCACCCGCCUACUUCUGCCCGGCUGGGAGGCGCGCGCGCCCAGGGCUCCCGGCGCAGUCGGGGCGCAGAGUGGCCGCGGGCGAGAUGGGGCCCCAGGAACGCCGCGCCACCCACCUGCUGCUGCUCGCGCUGUGCGCCGGACAGCUGCUGCCGCCGCGGCCCAUCGGCGCCGAGUCUCCCAGGGCGACGCCCAGGAUCGUCGCUGCCCCGCGGGGAGAGAGAAGGUUCCGGUUUGACUCCGCCGAGGAACACCUGGUCCUCUUCCAUGAAGAAGGGGCCUCUUCUGUCUUCGUGGGAGCAGAGAACAAGCUCUAUUACUUCGACUUUGGGACCUCUACGAACCAUACGGAGCCUUUUGCUACAGACGGAUCGUCGUCGUCUCACUGCAGAGAGGAGGAUGCCAAGAACUAUCUGACGCUCCUGCAGAAAUACGACGACAAGCUGUUGAUCUGCGGCACCAACGCCUGCAGCCCCACCUGCUGGUAUUGGGUGGACGGGAAGAAGGAGCCAGGGAUCAAUGCCCAGAGCCUGGCCCCCUUCGGCCUCGACCAGAACAACCUGGUGCUGAUUGAUGGCAAGGAUAUCUACUCUACGAUCAAGAAGCACCAGUUCAAUGGGCGGAUCCCGCGUUUCCGCCGGAUCCAAGGAUCUGCUGAGCUUUACACCAGUGACACCGUGAUGCAUAACCCCCACUUUGUCAAGGCUGCGGUCGUCGAGCAAGACCAGUCACACAACAGCAAGAUCUACUACUUCUUCCGAGAGGACAACCCCGACUGGUCCAGGAAUGUGGUGGCCCCAAAACGGAUCUCCAGGGUGGCUCAGCUGUGCAAGGGAGACAAAGGAGGCAGCGGAUCGCUCUCUGGUGCCAAGUGGACGACCUUCCUGAAGGCCACGUUGCUCUGCGUUGUCCCAGGCUCCGACCGGCACUUUAACCAGCUGCAGGACGUCUUUAUCCUCGAGUCCGCCGUCUGGUCUGAGACGAAAGUGUACGGGCUCUUCUCGAACGAGUGGGAAUAUUCAGCCGUCUGCGUCUACUCCGUGGGCGAAAUCAACCAAGUGUUCCAGACGUCACCUCUCAAAGGCUACACAGACCCAUUGCCCGCCGUCAGGCCCGGACAGUGUCUAGACGGAGAGCGGCUGACUCCCCAAGAGACCUUCAAAGUGGCUGACAGCCACCCUGAGGUGUUACACAGAGUGAAGCAGGAAGCCCAGUUCUACAGCAAGCAUCGCUACCAGCAAGUCCUCGUCCACCAGGUUCGGGCAGCAGACGGGGGCACCUACGGUGUCUUGUAUUUGUCCACAGACAAAGGGACCAUCCACAAGGUGGUAGCUUUGCCGACAGACGCCAUAAACGUCCUGGAGAUCCAGCCCUUCCGUCCUUCUGCUGUCAUCCUGUCCAUGACUUUGGACACGGCAAGAAACGAGCUCUUCGUGGCCUCUGCGAGGGAGGUGGUUCAGCUCCCCAUGGCCAUGUGUGGGGCGUACAAAGACACCUGUGAGAGCUGUGUGCUGGCGAGGGACCCCUACUGUGGCUGGACGGGCGGGACAUGUGCUUCUGUUUACGACCGUGACCAGCAGGGAAACGGGACGUUCCUGCAGGCGCUAUCCCAGGACGUGCGUCCGGAUAUUUGCACCUCUUCCCAUCACAACAAGGCCAGAGGAAACAGCACUGAGCCGCAGCGCAAGGAUGUCACGGUGGCCCCACAGUCCCGCUACUACCUGAACUGCUCCACUGAAUCCCACCACGCCAAUUACACGUGGUACCACGAUGGCCGAAGCGUCGCGCAUUGUGGUCCUGGACACCGACACUGCAUCCACUUCAUCGGCAGCAUGUCGGAUGGCUUCUAUGGCACCUAUUCCUGCGUGUCCCAGGAGCAUUGGUUUAACCAGACCCUGGUGACUGAACGCCUGCUGAGGCCCCCAGAGACAAAUGGGUUCAGGGGCGGGGCACCAGCGCCAGGGGAUUGGGCCACCACCAGAUCCUUGUCCUUUUGGCUGGGGCUGCUGCAUAUGGUGGCGGUCUUCUUGAUCCUCCAGUGAAGAACCACCUUCUGACGACUCACCAGCAUGAAUCCUCAACCCACCGUGCCGCUUGGCGUGUACAUGGGGUCUGCCUGGUCCUUUGGUUCAGAAGACUUCCCCUGUCCCCUUCUUAGCCCCGAGCCUUCACGCAGCUGGGGAUGGCCUUGAACUGCCCUGAGAGGAGGCAACCCAGUGGUCCGCAGCUGAUAGCCAAGUGGAGAUGAGAAGAGAGACUGGCUGGCUGCAUUUAUGUUGAGGGAUGAUAUCCUAGAAGACACCUGGACAGGAAUGUGGUUGAUAUGACCAAAGUCAUGGUCCUUUGGGGAGAAGCAGAAGCAUCUGCCACAGCGGUGUUGUGAGUCAUUCAGCUCGAGGGCCGGAUUCCACUUUAGAGAAGCUCUCGGGGGCCGCAUUCGGGGGGGGGGGGCAAUGUGUCAGCAUAGCAUAGCUUAAGGCUCUUACUGCCAGGAACUCAGCCUGAUUUCAAGCUUUUUAGAAGGUGGAGAGAUGCACAAAACCCAGGGAGCCACCAACCAGGGGGCGAUGGGGGGUGGGGAAGGGUGUGCAGCCCUCUUGAGGACCUCCAGAGGCCCAGAUGGGGACCUCAAGUGGGCUGGAUCUGACCCCUGGGCCUAAGGUUCUGCAGCCCUGACCGAAACCCCAAGCCACAAAGUAGCCCAUGAGGCAGAAGCAGUGCCUGGGUGGGCCUCUGCCAGGCUUCAACCAGGGCUGCCUCUGGACCAUCAGGGGAGCUGUUCCUUGGUUCAUGUGUGUGUGUUGUUGGUGGUGGUGGUCCCAAAGGAGGCAGACGCCGGAGGGCCGGAACAGCAGACUAGAAUUAAAGGGGAAAUAGUGUGAUCAAAAUCAGGCAGAGGUGAAUGGAGGUCUCCAGCAGCCCCCACCUCAGGUAUAAAGUUCCUGAGGUGGUGGGGAUGGGGGGGGGAGGCGCAUUCUGAGUUGAGGGCUCUGCAGGGCUUGCUGUGAAUGGAGCAGGGCAAAUACAUGAGGCAGCUUCAUCAGGAAGCAUCCUUAAGCAGGCAGCUCCAUAAUAAUGGGGCUGUGACUGAGAAGGCCCUGUUGGCUGAAAUCAGAAGGGACUGAACCCCUGAGUAAAGAGGCUUGGAACUGGGCUGCAAGAUGGCCGGCCGCGAGGGCUAGCGCAUGCACAGCCACUGUCCAUGGAAGGCUGGUUUUGAACGGGGUACUCCGGCUGCUGUCUCCAUAGAGCAGCAGACUGGCAGGGGGAUCAGGGUGGCCGACGUUUCUCCCAAAUAGAAAAACCAAAAGCCAAAGUGGCGCCUGAACAGUGGACGGCUUGCUGUGUGGUGCAUUUAGCAUGGUUUCAAGCACCUCCAGGGUGAUGGUGGCCACUCGCCCACAUGCCCGUGGCCUUCCUUCGCCCCGCUGCAUCAUGCUUCCAUCCCUUCGCAGGUCUGCCUGAGAGUAAACUGUGAAAUCCAGCUGUGUGCCCUUUUUGGCUAGCGAGGGGUUUGCCCGUCCUUUUGCUUUCCAGCCGAGAAGGCCGCAGCCUCUACUGCAGGGCCGUUUCCAAGGUGCCCUUUUAGUAGCCGGGGGGGCGGGGGCUCCUUGUUGUGACUUUGUUCUCUCUAUGCACUUUAAUAGGACCUGUGUGUUCAUGAAGGGGGGGCGCGUCUGGGCCCCGUUUGUAUUUUUACCUUGCUGUCGUCUUGUAACAGAAAUAUUUUUAAAAAUGCUUUUUGAAAAAUAAAAAUAAAAAUUCUCAAAAGG